AUGGCUGGUGGACUGGGCCAACGGCCACUCUCCGAAGUGAGCCCGAUGGCACAGCGGCGCAACUCUCCUAUCUUGAACCAAAACACGAAGGUUCCGAAUGGCGAGUCGGCGGCGUACGAUGCAUCACCUUUGAACAACACUGCCUCCCCGCGACUCUUCUGGAAGGGUCGCGAUUCCCCAACACCUUUUUCCAAAGGCGCCGAGAAUCGUAUGCCUUACGACCCAGAGGGUUCCUAUUUCCCCGCCAAGCGUCCAUCGCUUGAGGAUUUAAAACGCGUGUCACGAGUCAAGAAUCAUAAUAUGUUCCGCGAAGGUGGACAAGAAUACGACCCAGCACAGGUUUCGCUUCCCGUGAGACCGCUCGGAGCGGAUCGGUCGCCAAACCGCGAGAGCCAAAAAAACCUCGCGAAAUCUCAAUUCGUCAAAGAAGACGAGGACGUAGAAGGCCAGAUCCCCCGACCGCCAUCACCAAGCAAGGAUCAACCCUCCCCUGGCAAAUCAUCUCUCUCAAAGGGUAGCCGAUAUGGCAAAGGAUUCAAUCCCUCAGAAAUCUGGUCAGAAUAUGAUAGCGCAGGUCAUCGUCAUGCGAAGAGUGUGACAUUUGAUGCCGCCCCACCACAAGUCAAUGAAUACGAGAUGCGAACACCUGAUCCAUCUUCUAUUGCCUCUGGGUCCCGCGAGAAUAGCUAUGAUUCAGAAGAGGAUGACGUUUCUGCAUUCGAUUUUGAAUACUCGAUGGACCGAGACGAUAGCUUCGAUGCUUCUCUUGAGGAUAUCGAGAAGACUCCGGUCGUCAUGCCUGAAGAUUGGCGCUUCAUGAGUCCAGGGAGCGCUGAGGACGAGGACAGCUUCACAGAACACGAGGAGAACCAUACAGAUGAUGAACGUCCUGUUUCACGAGAAGGCGAUACAAGCAGCCACAGCCGGGUCGACUCCUUGGAUUCGAACGGAGACCGUCGUCCACUUCCACCUUUACCCUCUGUGAAUCGACUUUCUGGCGCGCGACCAUCGUCGGCUGGUAAGCUUGCUAGCGCCUUCGAGUUUGGCAAUGGUAGCCAGCGAGGAGUACCGGCUCCUCUUGCUCCUGCCUCGUGUGCGAAAUCGGACAUCAAUGGGGCCAUGUCCCUAGAGGAACGACUUCGCCUUAUGAUGUUGAAAGACAAGCAUGAUGAAGAUGAGGAAAACAAAGAGGAACACAGCAAGCCAUCUGAUAAUGCAGAAGAUAAGAAAUGCGCAACCAAUGACGAUGGCAGUGCAGGGGAGUCAGCCACCAAUGAUGCCAUUUUUUCACCACCCCGCAUCUCCCGAGACUCCAUCUUGAAAGAUAUUCGGAAAGAUGAUGAGUAUGAAGAUGACGGAAUCUUCGACGAUGACUCCCACAUUGCAUCCAGCCCUAAUUCGUACAAUAACUAUGACCCCGACGUUCCGAUCCCCUCGCUUGAAACCGACUAUGAUCAUGAAGGAGAAGACGAAGAUGAAGAAGAUGAUGAUUCCUCAAGCGUGAUAAUUAAGGAGGAAGCACGCGAUGAUGAUGACUUGUACACGAUUCCAGACUUCUAUCAAAGCAUGUCUGACAACAGUCUGUCUUCUCAUGACCAGCGGGCCAAGUAUGACGAAGAUAGCAACUAUUCACUGCGAUCCGCGGCGGAGGCCGCCCCAGCCCAGACUGACGGCCAGGAGUCCUCUGGUCAAACUACGCCCGUGCCUGGAGAUGGCCACGAUGAAGGGCACGAUAAUGACCCUGAAGAAGCCCUAGAGGAUAAGGCCGCCGAAGAUCAGCCCUUGAACAUGGCCUCAAUCCGUCACCAUCAACCCCCCAACUCCGUCAUUCGCCACCCACUGGAGGGCGAGGAGGGAUCCGGCGAGGAGCAGGAGGAAGCAGAGAGCUCGUCAGAUGAGUCUGUGCCUGAACCCAUCGCUACUAUCCGUGCCCCUGGCAUGGGUCUCAAGACUCGACCCUCGCUCACUCCGGCUGAUAUGGAAUCUAUGGCGGCCACUCGUCGCAAGAUCAGCGGUCAACAGCCUCCGCCAAUGCCGCAACUCACUAAGACAUUAUCAAAUGAAUCUGGAAAGUCCGAUCAGGCGUCCAAAAAGUCGGGCAAGUCCAAUGGUUCUGGAUCAGCACCCAAAUUGGAACUCCCCGACCACUCGGCUCAACGCCAAAGUAGUUUGAUGAAACUGGACAUUCCAUUCAGCAUCCAAGAGGAAAGCCUAGGAUUUGGACUCGAUAAAGAGUUUGACCGUGUCAUCGAAUCUCAAAAGGUUGCGUUUAACCUCGCCCUUCCCCUAUCUGCUUCUACCCCCGGCAUUCCCUUUCAGGACCAGGACCAGGAACCUCUGGCGACCCAGGACCCAGGAGCCACCAAUCCACUUGACCUUGCAAAAAUAGCUAACCACCGUUCAUUACGACAGAGAGGGUACCUUAUGCGCCAAAACACCAAGGUUGUCAUUGCUAGCAACCGCAAUGAUGAUGAUUCUGUUCUUGCGGCGGAAUCAGAGGCACAUGACCCCCGAGGGACGCGCUCUGCUGGUUCUUCUCCAAGGAAAGCCAGUCAGCAGACGUGGACUACUGUUCCCUGGAAUAGCCAGCCCCGUCGUCCGAGUGUGAAAUUGGCUGGAGCCGUUCCCAAGAAGAAGCCCGUUCCUGGAUCUGGAUCCGUCCCGCCCCUCCCUGGCCAGUCCAGUAAUGUACAGGACGCAUCUUCUCUCGAGGAGAGCGAGUCAAUUCCUCAAGAAACGUACGAGGAGGGCGAGGAGAGAGGUCGCCUAUUCGUCAAGGUUGUCGGAAUCAAGUACCUGGAUCUGCCUCUCCCGAAAGGCGAGCGAUCAUACUUUGCGCUCACUUUGGACAAUGGCCUGCACUGUGUUACGACCUCUUGGCUCGAGCUAGGAAAGUCUGCUCCGAUCGGACAGGAAUUCGAGCUGAUUGUUCAGAAUGAUCUUGAAUUCCAAUUGACCCUACAGAUGAAGGUCGAUGAGAACAAGCUUUACCCUCAGGAGAACCCAAGCUCUCCAUCUCGCCAGAAGGGUUCGGCGUUGAGCCGCGUUUUUGCAUCGCCGCGCCGCCGCAAGGAACUUGAUCUCAAGCAGCAGUUGCAGUCUCAACAAGCCAAGACCAAGGAUGUCAAUGCACCCGUCUGGGACCGCCUUCGCAAUCUUGUUGCCCGCGACGGUAGCUUCGGCCGUAGCUACAUUGCCCUCAGCGACCACGAGCAGUACGCCUUUGGCCGUCCUUACACCGUUGAUGUUCCAUGUUUCAAUGAAUGGGCGGUUGACGAGCAGCCUAGCAGCGUGAAGAGCAAGAAAAGUGCUACUAGUGUCACCGCCUCGCGCCGUGCGCCAUACCGAAUUGGCAAGUUGGAGCUGCAGUUACUCUUUGUCCCCAAGCCGAAGGGUGCCAAGGAUGAAGACAUGCCCAAGAGCAUGAACGCCUGCAUCCGCGAGAUGCGUGAUGCAGAGAGUAUUGCCUCUCGUUCCUGGGAGGGAUUCUUGUCUCAACAAGGUGGUGACUGCCCAUUCUGGCGCCGUCGUUUCUUCAAAUUGCAAGGAUCCAAGUUGACUGCUUAUCAUGAGACAACGAGACAGCCCCGUGCCACUAUCAACCUCGCAAAGGCAGCCAAGCUUAUUGAUGACAGGCCAUCCCUCACCCAAAAAGAAACAAGCACCCGUGGUGGUGGUCGCCGAAAGUCUGCCUUCGCCGAGGAAGAAGAAGGCUACAUGUUUGUGGAAGAAGGCUUCCGUAUUCGCUUUGGCAACGGUGAAGUGAUUGAUUUCUACGCGGACAGCGCUGCUGACAAAGACGGCUGGCUGCGAGUGAUGUCGGAGGCUGUGGGCAAAGGAGCUUCCGCCGGAAAUGGAUCUGUGAAGCCCUGGGCAGACUUUGUUCUUAAGCGUGAGCGCAGUCUCGCUUCGCGACGCCAAGCCGCCGAGAGCCUCCCUCCACGGGGUAGCAGUAUUCCCGUAGCCUCUGGUUCACCAACAGGGAAGAGGCGAAGCGCCGUCAUGGCAGGGCCUUCAACAUCUGCAGGAUUGGGAGCGCAGGCGUCUCCCACCUUCCAGCCUCGCCACAAACACACAAACUCUCAACCGGAAAUGACUAGCGCCGACGCUCGCCACCAGAAGACACGAUCUCUGAUGUUUUAA